AUGGCUAAGCUCUUCAUCUUUCUGUCCGCCUUUCUGGGCAUCCUCACUACAUUGAUCUCAGCUCAGUCCAGCCCUUUCGAAAUGGUCACCCUCGUCAAGAUUGGCUACGCCACUGCCGAGCUAGCUGAGCACUACCACCGCCUCGACGUCACCUACAAAACCAUCAACGCAACCGCCAUCAAAGCUGCCGUCCUGGUCCCGAAGAAGCUCGCAGCCUCCAACAAGAAGACCGACGCGCCCGUGGUGGUGCAUUUCCACGGCGGUGGUCUCAUCAUCGGAACUAACCUCGAGCCUGUCUUCAUUGCCGACUGGGUAACCCAACUCCCCGUCUCCACAAACUCCAUCCUCGUCUCCCCGCUCUACCGCCUCCUCCCUGAAGCCAACGCCCCAGAGACCCUAUCCGACAUCUCCUCCUUCUGGUCCUGGCUUCACACCUCUCUCCCAUCCGUCAUCACCUCCGCCUACCCAAAGAUCAAUACCAACCUCAACCAAAUCGUCACCGUAGGAGAGUCAGCAGGCGGCUACCUCGCCGUUCAAUCCGCUCUCUUAUUCCAGGAAAAAGCAAAGAUCAAGGCCGUCAUCGCGCAAUACCCCGCCAUCUGGCCCGACCUAGCCGCCUGGGGGUCUCUUCCCCUCCCUGACCCAACCAACGAAGCUGUCAUUAAAGCCGGAAAGGUCAUUGAUGAGUACCUCGGUAACCUGACGGGAACAGAAAUAAGAAUUGACGCCCCCUACCCUGACCGCUGGGAGUUGACAGAGGCGGCGUUGUUGAGUGGGAGGAGCUUUGAGUUUUGGGGGGACGAGACUGAUAUUGCACAAUCGGGGUUGGGGUAUGCUUUGAACGUGUCGAGGCAGUGGGGGGACAAACUGCCGGGGUUUUGGGUUCUUCAGGGGGAGAAUGACGGGAUGGUUGCACAGGCGGGGACGGAGGAGUUUCUUGCUCGGUUGAAGGGGGUUCACCCGGGGGUGGAGGUCAAGUACACGCUUAGACCGGGAUUGCAUGGUUUUGAUGCGCUUUAUGGGUUGGACAAGCCUUUUAUUGCGGAGGGGGUGAGGUGGGUGAAGGGGUUUUGGUUGAGGGGGAAGAACUAGGUACCUAAGAUAUCCAAGGGAUCAUUUACCAUAUCCAUGCCUAGGCGUGCCUAACGGAAAGGUAUACAACUCACUUACGGACAGAAAGAAUGGGGAGUGUGGCAAGUAAUGAUUAAACAAAACGGCUGCUUUACUGGAGGGCUCAAGGUCACCGUGACUCAUAAGCAAGAGACAAGCAGAAAACUGAAC